GAUGGCGGCCUCCAUGGAGGAAAGCCUCGGCACAGCCAUGUUCCUCGCCCAACAACUCCACUCGUGGACAAAGUCCCUGCAGAUCCAUAACUGCACCUUGCUCAGAGAUUUCUUGGUGUCUCUGUGGAGCUGUCGAGGUUUCUCCUUACUGGAGGCUGCGGGAUCUUCCAUUCAUUCUGACCGCAGCCCAUAUACCGACUCCCCUCCAGCUUUGGAAGGUGGGCUGAGACCCAGGGUGAACAUGUCAGCUAAUAGGAAAUCACCCCAGAGGUUCCCUGCUCUGGUUCCAGGACUGCCUGGCAGAUCAUUUGAGGGAUCUGUGUCAUUUGAGGACGUGGCUGUGGAUUUUACCCGACAGGAAUGGCACAGCCUGGACCCCGCUCAGAGGACCAUGCACAAGGAUGUCAUGUUGGAGAACUACAGCAACCUGGCAUCUGUGGGCCUCUGCGUGGCCAAACCAGAGAUGAUCUUCAAGUUGGAGCGAGGAGAAGAGCUGUGGAUAUUAGAGGAGGAAUCCCCAGGCCCUGGUUACCCAGGAUCUCUCUCACUGCUGUGUGACAACAGUUCUGUUGAGGGUAAUGCCCUCGGGCAUGAUUAUGACCUCCGGCAUCAGAAGAUUCAAACGUUGGACCAAGCUGUUGAAUAUAAUGGAUACGGGAAAAUCUUCUACAAGAAAACAGGCUUUGUUGGUCCUAAAAAGGCACACACAGGGGUAAAAAACUUUGGAUGUCACGAAUGUGGGAAAGCUUACUGCCGGAAAUCAAACCUUAUUGAACAUCUGAGAAUACACACGGGGGAGAGACCUUAUGAAUGCGCAGAAUGUGCAAAGACCUUUAGUGCAAGGUCAUACCUCAUUGCUCAUCAGAAGACUCACACAGGGGAGAAACCCUUUGAAUGUAACGAAUGUAGGAAAUCUUUUGGCAGGAAGUCACAACUCAUUCUACAUCAGAGAACGCACACAGGAGAGAGACCCUAUGAAUGUACCGAAUGUGGGAAAACCUUUUCUGAGAAGGCAACCCUCAUGAUUCACCAGAGAACUCACACAGGAGAGAAGCCCUACGAGUGUAGUGAAUGUGGAAAGACAUUUCGAGUUAAGAUAUCCCUUACCCAGCACCAGAGAACUCACACAGGGGAGAAACCAUACGAAUGUGGGGACUGUGGGAAGAACUUCCGUGCAAAGAAAUCCCUAAACCAGCAUCAAAGAAUUCACACAGGCGAGAAACCCUAUAAAUGUGGUGAAUGUGGGAAAUUCUUCAGAAUGAAAAUGACUCUCAAUAAUCAUCAGAGGACUCACACAGGUGAAAAACCCUAUCAGUGCAAUGAAUGUGGGAAGUCUUUCAGGGUACACUCAUCUCUUGGGAUACAUCAGCGAAUUCACACAGGAGAGAAACCUUAUGAGUGUAAUAAAUGUGGUAAUGCCUUCUACGUAAAAGCACGCCUCAUUGAACACCAGAGGAUGCAUUCAGGAGAGAAGCCCUAUGAAUGUAGGGAAUGCGGAAAAAUCUUCAGUAUGAAGAAAUCCCUUUGUCAACACCAGAGAACUCACACGGGAGAGAAACCCUACGAAUGUAGCGAAUGCGGAAAUGCCUUCUACGUGAAAGUACGCCUCAUUGAACAUCAGCGAAUUCACACAGGAGAGAGACCCUUUGAAUGUCGGGAAUGUGGGAAAGCCUUUUGCCGGAAAGCACACCUCACAGAACAUCAGAGAAUCCACGUAGGCCGGCCCUUGCCUUGUACAAUGGAGAAAGCUUCUUCGUGAAGACUCCCAUCACCAUUUGAUCAAGCCCUCUGGGUCAUCUGGUCACCCUGCACCCAGAGUACACCCGUAACAGUUUGGCUCCUACACUGGUGUGAAAAUACAUCCCAGUUCCUGUUAGGGGAUAGCUCAUUGUCAUUUUCAUUUCAUUUGGAUUUCCCUAAUGAAUGGUAUGGUGGCAUAGCUUCUUGUCUGUUGACCGGCCAUUUCGGUUUUUUUCUUCUGUGCACUGACAGUGCUCUAUCCUUUGCUCAUUGUUUUUAAUGGGCCACUUCUCUUUUACUUCUUGGCGUAAGUGUCUCUUGGCUUUGUUUUUUACUACAUGAGAAUAUAAAAAUCUUUUUUCAGUUAUGUGUGUUACAGAUAUGUCCUCACGGACUGUGCCUGGUUGCUUAAUUUUGUUAAGUCUUCUGCUGAGGUUUUAUGUUGGAAUAUGGAUCAGAUUCAGGGUGGUAAUAUUCUCCUAUUCUUUCUUCUAAAGUUAAGGUUUUCCUUUCAACAUUGAGAAUUUGUCAUCUACCCUGAGAAUUUUUGUGUGUAUAGUGUGAACUGUACAAUAUCUAAUACCCUAUUGCUUUUAAAAACUUUACAUGAAUGGUAUCACACGGUGUUGAAAGUUCUGCAGCUUGCUCCUUUCAUGGAACGUUACCUUCCCAGGGUCUGUCCACGCGGAUAAAUAUAGGUCUGGUCCAUUCAUUUCUCUCUCCAUUCUCUUGGUGCAAGACAUUUGUAUCGUGUCUGUGUUUGGUGUCUAAAUCUAAAAGUGGAACUGAUGGGUCAUAGAGUGUAGGCAUUGUUUAAGUGAUUCAGCUCUUGUGCCCUAGCUCUAACAUCCCCAUUCUACACUGUGCUUUGUGGUGCUUGGGCUAUGAUCUACAAAACAUGUUUCUGUCUUGCCAUCUUCUUCCUGUUGGGUCUUGCCAAUAAGAGAUACUAAAUAUAAACUUUAAGGGUGAGGAAGGAAGAAGGGACCUGCUCCUUGUUUCCCCUUCCUGUUAGCUCCCUGUUCAUCUGAGUGUCAGCCCAGUGUUACUUCUUCCCUUGGCCAGCAGCAGUUCCUCCCGGUGGCGGUAGUUUAAUCCAGGCUGUAGAUUUCCAGCACCCAUGGAAUCCCCUACGGUACGAACUCCCACCCCCUCAGAGACACUGGCAGCCGCUGGCCGGGGCCACCUCCCUAGAGGUGUGAGUCCCACCCACAUGACACUACUCCUUCAACUUUUCAAUUCCAGUUUCUUCCCUUGUUACCUUAGCCCAGCUGCUUCCUGUAGUUGCUAUCUCCACGAUAAUUUUAAUGUUCCCUGUCUUUUCAGUUACAUGGUUAGUAACUCUGUAACUAGCUAAAAAGUCUCUAUAAUAAGUUCUUUUCAUUAAAAAAUAACUGGUGUUGUUUCUCUCCCCUAGCUGGGUCCUUCAGAUUGAUACAGAAAUUUUUCAACUUUGUUAAAUAAUUGGAUUUUUUCCCCCUCUAGGUUGUACUAACUUACAUUCUCAUGAGCAGUUUGAGAUGAAGUUUACAUUUUUCCAUGUAUUCACCAGGACUUAUUAGCAGUCUUUCAAAUUGUGGCCAGUCUGAAAGGUGUAAAAUGGCUUGAAGUUGUUGUAUCCAUGAAUA